AGCAUAACCUAAAAAUCCUAACCUAAAAAUAUUAUUUACAAUAUUACAACGUGGUGACCAGCCUGAUCACAACAGAACUGUAAUUUUCCUAAUUUAAUGACUGGUUAUGCUGUGAUGGUUUGGUUAUUAAGUGGUUAGUGUGGCAUCUAAUGGUAUUACUUUCAAAUUUCAAAUAACGUUAUAAUGUCUCCAAGGUUUAAUGUUACUGUUUUAAAUAAACAGGACCAAAACAGUGAUGACGAAGAAGUUGAUGACUUUGAAAGUGAUGAUGACGAUUGUGCUGAUGACUACGAUGAUAAUGAUGAUGAUGAGGAAAUAGAUGUCGAUGAAGAGCUAGAACAAGAUGGCUCCGAGAAAGAACGCAAAAGAAGAGCGACAAACAAUGAUGAGUCAGAACCGAAGAAGAAAAAGAAGAAGACGCCAGUCAGUCGAGCGCCACCAACAGUAGAAGAGAUGACGCGACUGAGAGAGACCGAGACACUUUUCCAUUCCAAUCUGUUUCGGAUGCAGAUUGAGGAGCUGUUGCGUCAAGUUAGAACUAAAAAGAGAGAAAGAAGAUUGGCUCGGAUCUGGCUGGAAUCAGUGAUUAAGCAGUUGUCACCAGCCAGUGAGAGUGUUCGGAAAUCAAAGGUGAAUGUCAGAGUGAUCGGCUCUUUCAAUUCAGCCAUCUGCAUUGGACCAGAGAUCGGCAUUGAUGUGGCCGUCGUAAUGCCUAAGUCGAUUUUCGGCAAGGAAGAUUACCUGAAUGGCCGUUACUUGCGCAAGCGCGCACGAUAUCUGUGCAGCUUGGCAGAAUGUCUGCUCACUAUCGAUUCGGUCGACACGCCUCGUUUCUGCCUACUCAGCAGUAAUCCACUGAAGCCGGUUUUGGCAUUUGGCCCCUCUGCUUCCGGGUCGACUGUUUCAGGUUAG